AUGCAGCAGCCACGAGUGGUCCUGCUGACAGGCGCACCGGGCGUGGGCAAGACCACGGCCAUCCAACGCGUCAUUGCGCUGCUGCGCCAAGGCGGCCCAGCGGCAGGCCAGUGCGAGCUGCGCGGGUUCGUGACGCGCGAGGUGCGGGGCGCAGGGGGGCAGCGCGAGGGUUUCGAGGCCGUGCUGUGUAGCACCGGGCGUGCGGUUCUGAUGGCCCACGAGUCCAAGGUAUCGGACCACACGGGCCGCCUGCCCAGGGUCUCCAAGUACGUCGUCGACGUGCCCACGUUCGAGUCCGCGGUGCUGCCCGAGCUGCAGCUGCCCUCUGCCACUGGCCAGGUCUCGUGCAUUGUCUACGUACUCGACGAGAUAGGGAAGAUGGAGUGCUACUCAUCAGCCUUCAAGAAGAGGGUUAGCGAACUGCUGGCCUACCACGCAAGCAGCGGUGGUGGCGAGCAGUUGGGCGGACCAAGGAGGGUGCACAUCAUAGGGACAAUCCCACUCAAGAGCCAAGAUCGGUUCAUCGAGGGAGUCAAGGCGCGCAGCGACGUUGAACUAUUGACGGUCACUCAACAGAACAGGGACGCCAUCCCAGACCAGAUGUUUUCACUCCUGGGAGCCACCACCAAGUAA